CACCCUAUUGGAAUAGAUUCCCACAUUGAUAAACUACUUCCUUUGUUAAAUACUGGUUUCGAUGAUGUAAGAUUUGUGGCAAUAUGUGGCAUGGGUGGCCUUGGAAAGACAACUAUUGCAAAGGCUGUCUAUAAUUGCAUCUUUAGAAGUUUUAAUGGAAGUAGCUUUAUUAUGGAUGUGAGAGAAGAAGCUUCACAAGGAAAUAAGGGUUUAGUUUCUUUGCAGAAGCGACUUCUUAAAGAUAUCUUGGACAGGGACGAAGACAUUAGCAAUUCUUCUCAAGGAUCAAAAUUGUUAGAAAAGAGACUUCAUAGAGAAAAAAUUCUUCUUAUUCUCGAUGACGUGGACAAUUAUAAACAAAUUGAUGCAUUAGCUGGUGGAAUAAAUUGGUUUGGUCAAGGAAGCAGGGUCAUCAUAACAACUAGAGAUGACCAUUGUUUGAAUGUACAUAAGGCUGAUAAAGAUAUCAAAAUAUAUAAGCCUAAAGAACUAAAUGCUGAGAAUUCUCUUCAACUCUUUAGUUUGCAUGCCUUUUCAAUGAGCAAACCUCUUGACGAUUGUAAGGAGCUUUCAUGUGAAGUUGUGCAACAUGCUAGUGGAUUAACCCUAACCCUAGAGGUGUUGGGUUGUUUUCUAUGUGACAAAAACAAAGAUGACUGGAAAGAUACAUUAAGAGGAUUGAAAGAUAUCCUUGAUAACAAGGUCUAUGGAAUGUUGAUAAGAAGCUAUGAUGAUGAGGUCUUUGCGAGGUUGAUGAUAAGUUACGAAAAACUAAGUGACCAAGCAAAAAUCAUAUGUCUUGAUAUUGCAUGCUAUUUCAUUGGAUGGGAAGUAAAAGAAACAAUUCCAUUAUGGGAAGCUUGUGAGUUGCAACCAAGAUUAGCCAUAAAAGAACUCACUCAGAAGCACCUCCCAAAGAUUGAUGAUGAUGGCAAAUUGAGAAUGCAUGAUGAACUUCGAUUUAUGGGAAGGAGAAUUGUCUUGAAAGACAUCAAUGGGGAUCCUGCCAAACGUACCAGAUUGUGGUCUGCUGAUCAGAUCUCAGAAGUAUUAGAAAAAGGCAAGGGAACUCAAAUGGUUGAAGGUAUCCUCCAUCCAUAUGGAGUGGAAAUAGGUGAUUUAAGCUUCGAAGACUUUGCCAAGAUGCCCAAUUUAAGAUUUCUCAGAGUUGACAGGAAAAUCAUCACUGGGGAUUUUUCGCACCUUCCUUCUAAAUUAAGAUGGUUUAGUUGGCAGUAUGCCCAUUUGAAAAUUCUACCAUCCAAUUUUUAUCACGAGGAACUAAUUCAUCUUGACUUAUCUUGGAGUAAAAUCAGCGUAGCAUGGAAGGAUAGACCUGAAAAUAAUAUAAAGAGGUUUAAAAAAUUGAAGGUUCUUAUUCUCGUGGGCUGUAAUCAACUCUCAGACUCUCCUGACUUCUUCUCAUGGUUUCCAUGUUUACAAAGAUUAGAUCUGACGUUCUGCUAUACGCUUUUGAAACUCCCUGAUAGUAUUUGCCAGCUGGCUUCUCUCAAAAGUCUCAUUCUCAAUGAUUGUAGUUUAAUCAACAAAUUGCCUACGUCCAUAGGUAAUCUAAAACAUUUGGUUGAGCUUUGGGUACGUCGGACAAAUAUUAAAGAAAUGCCUGAUGGUGUAGGGCAGUUAGAGAAGCUUGAGAAACUAGAGGUUUCAUAUUGCAAUAAUCUGGUGAGGCUACCAACCUCAAUGGGUAGAAUGAGGAGUUUGACUUACUUUGACAUGACAUAUAAUAAGAUUGUAAAAUUACCAGAUGAUUUUUCGAAGCUCUCGAGCUUAGAGGUGUUAAAAAUGGGCAUGAGUGAUCCAAAUGAUGUGUUGUCAGACGACAACAUGAGGAGGAGGAGGCUUCAACCACUCCAAAUCAGCAAGAGCAGUUUUCCUUGUCAACUUCAGGAGCUAUAUUUGAAAAGCUACUUGAAACUUGAAUCUCUCCCAGAGCUUCCCUCCACUUUAACUCGUCUGGAAGUUAACAAUUGUAUUUCGCUGCAGAUAAUUUCAGAUCUUUCAGGCUUGAAAUGUUUGAAGGAAUUAAGAUUGAUUGAUUGUAAAUCAUUGGUAAGAUUACCGGAUUUGUCAAAUCUGAAAAGACUGAGGAUAUUAAGUCUUAAAGGUGAUAUAAACCUCAAGCAGGAAAUUCACGGCUUCGAAGGAGCUGAAUCUUUACAAGAGUUCAGUGCGCAUGGUUGCAACAAAUUAACGGAGACAACGAGGAAGUUAUAUGGGCAGGGAAGACUUCUUGUUGAUAAUGUUGUCCAAGAUGGUCAGCAAGGAAGUAACUCCUCCUCAAUUGUUGUUGUUGCUGCUGCUGCUGAUGAUGAUGAUCAAGAAGAAGGGUCGUCACCAAUUCUGUGUGUUGUUUUUGCAUUGACAUCUCAGAAACUGUUGGAACGAGGGAUGCACUUUGUGGUUGAAGCUUAUAUCCGUCGGGGAGCUUUGAUUGGUUUGGGUUUCCGCUGGAAAGCAAAGAUUCUAUUGAGGAAUUAA